AUGCGCGCGCGUGCUCGCGCUGCCGGGUGGGACGUCCUCCUGGAGAACCUCGCGGACCCCAGCCACCUGCCCUUCUCCCACAACGGCCUCGCCGGCCUGCGGCGCGAGAAGGCCGUCCCCAUGCCCUUCACGUCCAUCUCGCUCCCCAACGACGGAGACGGCGCCGGCACCGGCGCCGCGGGCGGCGAGGAGCGGCCGCCGAACGUGUUCAACCACGGGCGGCCGGUGGGGCUGUUCAGGUACCCGACCGUGUCGGGGGAGGGCUCCCUGGCGCUGGUGGCGGUCAACGCGCCCUGCAGCGUGUCCUAUUUUUCGCGGCUCAGCUCAAUCACCAUCUCGUCAGAGGACCUGACGCUGCGCAAGCUGGGUGGUGGCAGGGCGUGGGCCAAGUCCUACUACAUGCCAGUCACCUGCGACCGCAUGAUUGUGGCGCUCCGUGCGUGGAUCGACAAGGUGGGCGGCCCCAAGUGGGACGACCGCGCCGACCCGCCCGCCCAGCGCCUGACGCGGCGCCAAAUCAACGACCGGUGGGGCCAGCACUCGCGCGAGUGCACCGCCUGCCAGGCGGCAGUCGCCAACCUGAGGCGCCAGGCCGCGGCGUUCGCCGGCGCCGCCGCCGCGCUCGUCGCCGCGCUCGCCGGCGCCGCAGCCUCCGCGGGGCUGCCGCGCCUGCUGUCCGGCGGCGCGCCCGCGGCGCUGGGUGCUGGUGCGCUGGCGGGCGCGGCGAUCGCGGCGGCGGCGGCGUUGCGGGCGUGGCGGAUGCUGGCGCAAUUUGAGUAUGUUGAGUACUUUGCUGCAGACAACAACUAA